GAGAACAUGCCUCUUGCAAAGGAUCUCCUUCAUCCCUCCCCAGAAGAGAAGAGGAAACACAAGAAGAAACGCCUGGUACGGAGCCCCAAUUCCUACUUCAUGGAUGUGAAUGCCCAGGAUGCUAUAAAAUCACCAGUCUUUAGCCAUGCACAAACGGCAGUUUUGUGUGUUGGCUGCUCCACUGUCCUCUGCCAGCCUACGGGAGGAAAAGUAAGGCAUACAGAAGGAUGUUCCUUCAGGAGGAAGCAGCACUAAAAGCACCCUGAAUCAAGAUGAAUGGGAAACAAUCUCAAUAAACACAUUUUGGGAACAACAACAACAAAAAAACCCUUCAAAAAACCUAGGAACUCCAGAUGACUUCCUUUGGGAAUUGUCCCUUAAUCCUUCAUGAGGAGUCAGGAGAUGACUCCUGUUUUUCAGGUGACAAAAUUGGGGUACGGCAAAGGUGAUCUGCCUACUUCAUUCAAAUCGCGAGCUAGACGCAGCGCAGGGACUCGAACCGCCGUUUUCCUUGCUUUCAAGACUACAGAGACCAACCGGUGAGCAGAAGGCCU